CGAUUGUGGGUAGGCAGGCAAACAGCAAUGUAAUAUGACAAAGCACCGACAGGUACAUUCUACAGCGCGACCACUCGCUUGUCUUUAUCCCGGCUGUAGGAAGGCAUUUGUACGAGCAUCCGGGCUGAGAUCUCAUCAAAAGACACAUUCUACAGAGCGGCCAUUCACUUGGCUUUAUCCCGGUUAUAGGAAGGCAUUUAAACGGGGAUCCGAGCUAAAGACACAUGGACGUACACAUUCC